GAUGCCAAAAGCUUUCCACUCGCCGACRUUAGCAACACAUUGCUUACAGAUUCCUUAACUUGAAAAAAAAAACUCUCGUUAACUUUGUCAAGAUAACAAUGAUCCUUGUUUGGAGGUUUUGUGUCUUUACGAAUUGUUUUAUAGCAGUGUUUGUGCUUUCGACUUGGACUUUUGAUUUGCAGCCUGGAAGCCCAAACGUGUGUUCCUUCGUUCGUCCCCAAGUCGUCCGCGACAGAAUUAGUGAGCUGCGCUCCUAUCCCAGAACUGUCCCAGUACUUAUAAAUGGGUGCAACAAAGUCUGUAUGAGAUACGUUACAAGGACCUUUUAUUAUACAUCGUAUCGUGAGGUCGACAGAAUGGUUCAAAGAACAGUCUUUGAUUGUUGUGAAGGCUGGACUCGUGCAGCUGGUCAAGCAGGAUGUCAGCGACGAGUCUUUGUCGAUCAAGAGCAGCCACUUCCAUGCGCGGUUCAAAAUGGUGGCUGUCAAUCCAUAUGUAGUCAUCAAGAUAAUCGUGUUGUAUGCGCAUGUCACAGGGGAUUCAGAUUAGCCGCUGACCUAUCAAGUUGUUUAGAUGUCAACGAAUGCUUGGUCGGAAAUGGAGGAUGCCAAUCUCGUUGUGUUAAUACAUAUGGAUCUCAUAGAUGUGAGUGCGCAAGAGGAUAUAAAAAGCUAUCAGCUUCAAGUUCUCGUUGUAAAGACAUCGACGAGUGCAGCGAGCGUGCCCUUACGGAUACAUCGGUCCAGGAUGUGGUUUGA